GCUCGCGGCAAUGGCCGGGGACCAGAGCGCGAAAUCACGCGCAAAUGCACUCGAUCUAAGCAUGUUGCAGAUGGGCGCUCCCCGGCGCAGGCUUCACUGGCAUUCGGCUCUAGGGCCUGCUUGCGAGCCCUCUUCUGAGCCAUGGCCAUCCAGUCGAAACUGUUGCCCAACAGGGACAAAGUCAGAAAGCUGCGGGUCCUCCUGCUCGGCUUCGUUGCCCAUAUCCUCACGGCGACCUAUCUUGGACUUCAUACGAAGUCCGCCUCCUCGAAGGGUUCCAGAAAAGACAAGGGAAAGGGAAAGGGGAAAAACUCGGAUGAUGGGAAGAGACAGAGGGUUGCCGUAGAUGCCGUGUUCUACCAACGCCUAUCCACCAUUCUGCGCAUUGUGAUCCCGAGUUUGCGCUCGAAGGAAGCGUUGCUACUCGUGAUGCACUCCAGUCUACUCAUAUUCCGCACGGUCAUAUCACUUUACGUCGCAGCACUAGAUGGCAGGAUUGUUGCCUCAUUGGUUAGAGCGCAACCGAUGCCUUUCCUCCUCAACAUACUCCGUUGGCUACUCGUCGCAAUUCCGGCAACGUGGACCAACAGUUGGCUCAGUUACAUCCAGAACAAGCUUGCCCUUGCAUACAGGACCCGUUUAACUGAUGCAGUUAUGAAGCAGUACCUAGGCGAUGAGAAGAAUGCACAGGACCUCAAGAUAUUCUACAAGCUUUCGAACCUCGAUGACAGAAUCAAAAACCCGGACCAGAUGAUUACCCACGAUAUACAGCGCUUCUCGACGCAUCUUGCCGCCAUCUAUGCGAAUGUCGCGAAACCUAUCUUGGACAUGAUACUUUAUAAUUACCAACUAUCGCAGAACGUUGGCGCAGAGGGCCUCGUCGCACUCACCUUCGCCGUGCAGGCAUCAGCAGCUCUCCUCCGAGCCCUCACGCCACCUUUCGGCAUGUAUACAGCUCUCUCCGCCCAACUUGCGGGGAAUCUACGCCACACACAUUCCCGUCUUGCUGAGUUCGCCGAAGAAAUUGCCUUCUUCGGCGGCGAGCAUACUGAGAAGAUGCUAGUGGAGCGUGAAUAUGCAGGUCUUGUACAACACGAGUCCAAGGUGUUGCAUAAGACAUGGUGGCAUGGGUGUGUCGAGGAGGGAGUUAUCAAGUGGCUAUGGGGAAGCUUCGGCCUAUGUAUUUGUGCCAUCCCUGUCUUCUUCAAGAUACCUGGUGUGCAUAGCGUUGACUUGGGCGGUCGAACAGAAGGAUUCGUCACAAACCGUAGACUAUUGCUGUCUGCCUCGGAUGCGUUCGGACGCGUGAUGUAUUCGUACAAGGAGCUCUCUGAACUCGCUGGAUACACGGCACGUGUAGCGCAGUUGCUUGAGACGAUGUCCGACGUCCGCAAGGGGAAGUUUGAGAAGGCGUUGGUCAGUAGUGCGGACACAGAGGAAAUGCGAAGAUGUUCAGUCCUAAAGGGCCGUGGGGUCAUCAUUGAGUCUGACGAGAUUGAGUUCGAGUCGGUGCCCAUCGUUACGCCCAAUGGCGAUAUUCUCGUCCGUAGCCUGAGCUUCUACGUCAAACCAGGGCAACAUCUACUCAUCGUAGGUCCAAAUGGUUGCGGCAAGUCUUCCUUGUUCCGUAUAUUGGGCGGCCUAUGGCCUGUUUAUGGCGGUACCGUCCGCAAGCCUCCAGCAUCGCAAUUCAUUCUCAUCCCACAGAGACCAUACCUUUCACUGGGCACCCUCCGUGACCAAGUGACAUAUCCGCACGGCAGGGAAGACAUGGAAGGGAGGGGUAUGACCGACGAAGAUCUCCUUUCUAUUCUUUCAGUCGUGCAGAUGGAUCAUGUCGUCGAACGUGAAGGCGGAUGGGACGCCGCUCGCGAUUGGCGAGAUGCGCUUAGCGGGGGAGACCAGCAGAAGAUUGCGUGGGCGCGUCUCUUCUAUCACCGACCGAAGUAUGCAGUGCUGGAUGAAGCUACAUCCCUCGUGCCGCCAGAUAUGGAGGGCAGGAUGAUGGAACACGCAACAAAGCUCGGAGUAACUUUAUUGACCGUGUCCCACCGACCUUCAUUGUGGAGGUAUCACUCCAGGAUUCUGCAGUACGACGGCCAAGGCGGAUAUGUAUUCACGAAACUAGAUGCGGAGAAACGUCUUGCACUUCAGCAGGAGAAAGAGGCUCUUGAAGCAAAGUUGCUCGAGAUUCCGAAGAUGAAAGCAAGACUUGCUGAAUUGCAGGCACUUCAGUCGCAGCGGUUGUAAGGAGUUACACCACGCAACAUGUUUAUGGAUAAUGGAUAUUCUGGAUGUAUACUGAUGAUUGUACAUGUACGUCUGAGACCCGUAUGGUUGCGUUGCAACCUUUCUCUCUACGAUGAACCAAUGCGACUCAAAAGCCGCGGCACCCAAGUAGCCCGUGUCGGGGACACCGGUCAUGCGUGGAUAGUGCGGCUUAGCCCACACUGGCAGUGGGCUUGUCUUUUACCUCCUCGCGGAGUACAUGUCGUACACUGGAGAAGAAAGGUGAGAUUUGGGAGAUCUUUCUCGCCUAAGUACAUAUGUAGUCAGUAAAAAGAAUCGGAU